UUGAAAAUGGAUAGGAAAGGAAAAUGCCUUUGUGGAAAAGUGUGUUUCAGUAAUUCCUGGUGUUCCUGGCAUCCAUAGUAAAAGGUACUUUUUAACAGACAUGCGUAGUAUUGAGCAAACAUUGUCUUUUGUGCCAGAAACCGUUGUCCAAAGCCUAGCUUUGCCAAAGCUGAUAAAUGUUUAUUAACUAGGGAGGGCAGCUCCAUUGUUCCUCGGAACAGCCAUGUGAUGGGUGUAAAUGGCUUAAUGGGUUCUGCUUGUGAGCAGGAUGGCACUGAACAAGUCUUCACCGAACAGGCAUAUCAUGGGAAUGGGAGGAGUGCGGAUGGAGAUCUGGAUUCUGGAAGCUGGUAUAGCAGUGCUCGGGAUGCCACCGUGCUCCGUGGGAACCCAAGUUCCAUGCUGACUCACUUCGCUGCAGAGGACACCCCAAGGGACACCGGGAGGUGGGCACUCCCUGUCCUGGCCCUGGAUGUGCACCACAUCAGUUUGGUAGGGGCUAAGGUACGGCUGGAUAACGGCUGAGGAUGUGCUAUGGAGCCAGGAUUCAACUGCUCUGAGCUCUGCGAUGGCAGCUCCAGUUUUGACAGCCAGCAGCAGCGGGCACUGCAGGAGCUCUGCACUGUAACAGUGACAUCUUUUGACCACAGUGCGAAGAGCUUCCCAUCCUUCUCUGCUGGUCUCCUGGGAGUUGUGUGGACAUUCCUGACUGGAGGAGUCCUGCUAGCGCUCUUCUUUCUCAUCUUCACAAUUCGCUUCAGGAAAAACAGGAUCGUGAAGAUGUCCAGCCCCAAUCUCAACAUUGUGACCCUGCUGGGCAGUGGCUUGACUUACACGAGUGCUUACCUCUUUGGGGUUCAGGAGCAGAGCCUGCCUUCUGGAGACUCCAUGGAAAAGCUUAUUCAGGUGCGGCUCUGCCUGCUGUGCGUGGGCACCUCCCUGGUGUUUGGCCCUGUCCUGGGGAAAAGCUGGCGGCUCUACAAGGUGUUCACCCAAAGGGUGCCAGACAAGCGGGUGAUUAUCAAAGACCUCCAGUUGCUGGCGAUGGUGGCAGCAUUGGUGCUGGCAGAUGCUGUGUUGCUCUUGACGUGGGUAUUUGCCGAUCCAGUCCAGUGCUUCCGAAGCCUCGGUGUCUCACUGCGGGUGACAGAGAAAGGCAUGACCUGCUCCAUGAGCCGGGUGCAGUCCUGUGCAUCGCUCUAUUCUGAUCUUUGGCUCGUUCUCAUUUUAGGGUUUAAGAGUAUUCUCCUGCUGUACGGGACCUACUUGGCCGGUCUGACCGACAGUGUCAGCUCCUCACCAGUCAACCAGUCCUUGACACUCAUCGUUGGGGUCAACCUUGUUUUCCUGGCUGCUGGCACUAUCUGCUUAGUUCAUCGUUUCUUCCGUACUUGGCACAACUUGCUGUUUGGUUUUACCUCUGGAGGAAUUUUUGUGUGUACAACCACGAUCAACUGCUUCAUCUUUGUCCCACAGCUCAAGCAGUGGAAAGCCUUUGAAGAAGAAAGCCAAACUGUGAGCCACAUGGCAAAAUAUUUCACCAGCCCAAGCAGGAGCUGCCGCUCGGUGUACAGCGAGGAGCAGCUCUACCAGCUGAUAGGGGAGAAGAACUCCAUGAAGCGGCUGCUCACCGAGAAAAACGCCGUGAUUGAAAGCCUGCAGGAGCAAGUGAGCAGCGCCAAGGAGAAGCUGAUGAGGCUGAUGUCUGCGGAGAGCGGCUGCAAUCCCCGUGCCUUGCCCGCAGCUCCCAGCACCUGGAGCUCAGGGGGGCAUGGGGAUGCACCAGGGGACCGCUGCCCCCCGGAUCCAGAGAGGGAUGGGUGGCAGCCUCCCUGCUCGCUGCCUACACCGCCUCUUUGCAGCAAUCCUCAGGCCCUCCAGGAAAACGCAACCCAUGAGCCUGUUUGCUCUAAGGUGCUGCUUUUUAACGCAGGGGGCAGCACUGAACGUGGCCUGAAAGACGUCCAGGAGUGUGGGACACCUGCAGAGCAGGGGCAGCCUCCGGAGCAGCUGCCAGGCCAGGCCAACUCAGGUGGUGUAGCCUGGGAGUCAUCCCCCAAAGUCAGCUAUGUAAACAGUGAGAAGCUGUGGGAAAUCUUGCAAGAGCUAAGCCUGGAUGGCAAAAACUACAGCCCGGCCUUACCUGCAGGACCCCCACUUGGCAGCCGGGGCACCCCAGGCGACCAGGGAGAAAUUUGGGGGGGCCAGGACGGCUACCCAGGCAUCCACACACCCCUCAGCCCCUACCUGGCGAGGCACCAUCGGAGAGUCCCUUUGCCCCCUGCCUCCACCCACUUCCCUGGACAUGUAUCCCCUCGUGCCAACCACAGGGUGAAGGAAGUGGGCAACUGGAUCCAUGGGGAGUCAGCACACAUGUCCCUGGAAAGGGAAGGGGAGAUAGCUGGCAGAGGGUUCCUUCACCCCCCAGCACCAUCCUCUCCAGCCAUCCCUAGGGAGGUCUGCCUUCAGCCAGAGGGGUGGCUAGGAUGGCCAGAGUCCCAGGGUGCUUCAUCGUGCAUCCCGCAGGAGCAGUGGCGGUGGCAGGGCACCCCAAGGGGACCUGCUGAGCCUUCCCUGCGCUCACUGUACUACUACCCAGACUCUGACUCCAGCAGCAGCAGCAGCUCUGAGGAGAUGUUUCAUGGCUGCCACCGGCCCUGCUGCGAGGUCUGCUUCCAGAGCCCACGUGGCUCCCUGGACAGCAGCAGCACGGACACGGACACAGAGCCCAGUGACUGCAUGGACCACCAGGCAGAGCACCACAGUGGGCCCCAGCCUGUGGUGAACUUCAAAGACGAUCUGAAACCUACCUUUGUGUGACUGGGAGCACCCCUGCCCCAGGAGCAAGUGCCCUCCCACCCCUGAAACACUGCAUGUUUUCAGCAAUGCUGAAGCUGCACGUCAUUCUGGGGGAUGUACCUUUUUCUGGAAUCUGGGGAUCAGGAAUAAACCUUGCCUCGUUCUGGGUUGCAGUGUCAGCUCCAGCCUGAUCAGCCAUGACUGCAGACUGAGUUUGGCUGAGAGUGGGUUGGAAGCACUCAGGGAGGUGGCUGUGCUUUUGUCCUGGCUGCUCUGGGCAGAGACACUUGGCACUUCUGUCGUUCCUGGUGCUGGCAGUGGAAAGACUGGGGCUGGGUGGCCUGUGAGAGCCCACACUUCAUCACCUCAGAGGGCUUUCCCUGUGAGAACUGGGUGAUUUGCACUGGCAGGGAGCAGCAUGAACACACAUGGCUUCUUGCACACAGCAUAGGUACAGAGAGAGGACUCCUUCCUUCCCCCGAGGCUGCUGAUAGAGAGCCUCCCACUGGCAUCACACCCAGCCAGGUGCAGAAGCAGUUGCAGGCUGCCACUCACCUGGGGCGUGUUGCUCUUGGGCAAAGCAAAGACCUUGGGGUGGGGUUUGUACAGGAACCUUUUGGAUUUUGGUGCGGUUUUUGUAGCACGUGAGUGAGAAAAUUGAGUCCAAAGGUGAUGUCCCAGGAGGUGUCUUUACAUUUUGUAUCGUUCAGGUGCAUGGUCAUAGGUGAGACUCAGGUCAGAGCUGAAGAGAAAGGUAAGCUAACAGUUGUAAAGGAAGAUGUGGAAAGGUUUUUCUUUUUUUACCUUGUUUUCUGGGGCUUGUGUCCUUCUGUAUGUCUUUGUAUGGAUGAUGUAGUUGGAAUAAGGUUUGUUUAAAUUAAUAUGCUCUGUUUAAUUUUUAUCAUAGAAAUACCAAGAACAGUAAAUCCAGUGUGCAUGCCUUUUGGGGGAUAUUUGUGACAGCAUUUCAGCAAAUCGUUGCCUCCACAGGAGUUUAGGACGCUGAGACCUGACACUCAGUG